AUGGAAAGCAUGGAAAGCAGUUCUGAGACGUCCUUCGAGCUGCUGGACGACGUCGACGACUCUCCCCAGGCACCUCUGCAUCCGUCUCACUCGCCAAAUUACACUCCAGGCUCAGGUUCAACCUAUGCUCACGACUGGUCUCCAUCAGGUACCGGUGGAAAGUUGCGCAUCCAUGGACGACACUUUGUAGACGCGUUCGGACGCGUUUGCAACUUGCGUGGUGUUAAUGUAGCAGGGAGCAGCAAAACUCCAGUCAAUCACAACCACGAAGCGUUCCCUCAUGAUCAUCAUGCGGUGACAUUUGUCGGUCGUCCUUUUCCACUGGUGGAUGCUCCCCAACACUUUGCACGGUUGAGGAGGUGGGGACUGUCCCUGAUACGUUUCGUGAUAACAUGGGAAGCCGUGGAGCAUGCAGGCCCGGGCAUAUAUGAUAUGGAUUAUCUGGCAUACGUCAGGGACCUUCUGUCUCUCCUUCCACAGUACGGCCUUGUCGCUUUGAUAGAUAUUCAUCAGGACGUAUGGUCAAGAUAUUCGGGGGGAUCAGGUGCACCAGCGUGGACUCUGGAGAGCAUCGGCUUCGACCUGCAUGCCUUGGAAGAAUCGGGUGCGGCAUGGCUUCUUGGCGUCAAGGGUGGCGGUCACGUCGAGGCCGAGCGUGGUAUCUGGCCUUGUGGCUACCAGAAGCUGGCUGCUGCCACCAUGGCGACGAAGCCUGUUCAGCAAUUCCUCCAGGAGGCCUUUUUGGAUAUGUACACUGUGGUCGUCAAGGCCCUUGGUGAUAUAGAAGGCGUGUUAGGUUUUGAGAUAAUGAACGAACCCCAUAGAGGUUACAUAGAUCUUCCUUCCCUUUAUCAAUUCAACUACAAUACGGAUUUGCACCUAUCCUAUGUUCCAUCUGCAGUUCAAUCUUUCAUGCUGGGCGCUGGGUAUCCCACCUUGGUUUCGAAUUGGACUCGAUCGUUCCCUAUGCCUACACGCAAGACAUCUCACAGCGUGCUCAACGCUGCCAGCCGCAAAGCGUGGAGAGUAGACGGCCCCACAGAAGGCAGAUGUGUUUGGGAGCUUCACGGCGUGUGGGGGUGGGACAAGAUCAGAAAUGAAGGUGUUGUUCUGCGAGAGAACUACUUCGUGAAGGAUCCGAUGACAGGGCGAAAGGUCAACUGGUACACAGAUUUUUAUUACCCAUUCUUGAAGCGAUGGGCCAAACGUGUCCGUGAUGUGAUUCCGAAGGACAAGAUGCUCUUUGUUGAGCCUAUCCCCAAUGAGUUCUGUCCAUCGUCAUGGACCAAAGAGAAUCAAGUCCCUAAUAUGGUUUUUGCUCCCCACUGGUACGACCUCGACACGCUCUUUUCCAAGAAAUUUGGCGAUUUCUCGGUGAAUGUGCAGGGGUUGUCUAGGGGAAUGUUCCCCCUCCAAGCAUUUUAUUGGGGCCAACUGGGUGUCCGAGAGAAUUAUUCUCGUCAGAUACGGAACAUCGUCGAUUCUGCCCGUAAGGUACUUGGGGAAGUCCCCGUUCUCAUCGGAGAGUGCGGAAUACCUAUGGACAUGAAUGCAAAGGAAGCGUUCGAAACCGAGAAUUGGAAAUGGCAGUACCGAAUGAUGGAUGCUUUGAUGGUGGCACUAGAAGGAUCCCUUGCUAAUUUUGCCUUGUGGAAUUACAAUCCCCAUAACAGUGACGUAGAGGGCGACGACUGGAACGGGGAGAACUUUUCACCUCAUUUACACUGGAUAACGGCGGCCGGGAUCUUGUCUGCGAUUGUACGACCAUACCCUGCAAAAACUGCUGGUAUCCCUUUACAAUUCAGUUACGAGAUGAACACUGGACAGUUCACUUUUGAAUGGAAACCAUCCGAUACCAUUCCAUUGGAACAGGCGGGUCAGACAAAAGUGAUACCUGUUGCCAGAGAAACCGAAAUAUUCGUCCCUUCCCUGCUGACCCACGGGCGCAAACUGAAAGUCGAAGGGUUGGAACCGGAGGAUACCUAUGUCCAUGACGAGUCACGACAGACCCUGUUUAUCGUCCAUGGAACAUCCACACCGAGUAAGGUGCGAAAAGUGACGGUAUUAGUUUGGCCGCCGUUGCGUCCUACCUUCCAACUCAAUACGUUCUGGGGAGAUUUCGGGGAACUCAUCAUAUCGGGCUUGGUAGUUUUCGUUGGCGUCUUUAUCUUCGUUAAACUAAAGUUCUUUAUGUGA